UUCGACACGUGUCCGAUGUUGAGAUAUACUCCUGUAGUGAGACAGCAGCUAUAUAUGGAAGAAGAAGAAGAAGCUAUAUGCCCACCCAAAAUGCCGGAAAUUUUCCCGAGAAUGAGCAAUAACCAGAGGCCGAGGCUCAACACGACCACCGAGGAGUCGGGCGGCGACUCCUCGUCGGGGAUACUCGACGAGCGGAUACUCCUGCUCGUGUUCGGGUCGAUCCAGUGGGACAUCCGCGCCCUGUGCGCGACGGCGUCGGUCAGCAGGAAGCUGCGGGCCGUCGCCAACCGCCUCCUGUGGCGGGAGGUGUGCGUGUACCGCGCGCCGCGGAUGAUGGAGGCGCUGACCAGCGGCGGGUCGAGCAGCCGGAUCGGGGGCGGCUGGCACGCGCUGGCCAAGCUCCUCUUCUUCUGCAGCGGGUGCGAGUCGACCCGCCAUUUCCGGCUGGGCCAGUCGUGCCCGGGCCACUUCGUGAAGGCGUCUCGGUUCUCGAAGACGUCGGGCCGGAGCUUUCUGACCAAGAAAUGCAGGAACGAUCUGCUGUACGUGAGCGACCCGUGCGAGCAUCCGCGCGGCAGCGGCGCGGACGACGAUUUGGGGAUUUACAGGGGGGUAUUUCGGGGAUUUAUGAAGUCGAGGACCAGGGCGUGUUUGAUCGCGAGACAGGUGGAGCUCGAGGAGAGGGUGAGGUGUCCCUUCUGCGGGUCCCGCGUGUGGAGCAUGAUGGAGGCCCGGCUCGUGCCGAGGACGGCCGCUAAGCGGCUCGGCUCGCAGGACGGGGGUUUGGAGUAUUUCUUGUGUGUGAACGGGCACAUGCACGGGGCGUGUUGGCUGAUCCCACUGUCGUCCGAUGAAGCUGAAUCGGAUAAGGAGGUCGAUGGUGAUGGGGAUAGUGAUGACGACGGUGGUGAUGAUGAUGAUAAUUGUGGGACCAGAAGAAGUGGUGGGGCCGAUGGAAUUGGAGUGCGUAAUGGGCCGGCGGCUUAAACGUUUCAGUUAUUCAUUCACGGUCAGGGUAUCUUUCGGCUUUCGCGUGGGUAUUAAUAACAGAACUUGACAGGCAAAUCACCACUCCCGUGUACAGACUGGAAUGGAUGGAAUCAUAGGACCACAAUGAGUUGAUGUGCUAAUUCAAGCGAGGUUGCUAACACACUUGGUCGGGUGGUCCUAUCGUCGUGACAUGUUGAGAGAUCUGCGAUUUCGGCGAGUUGCAGCAAUUGGCCAGACAUUAUCUUGAUAUUAAGAACAUGAUGAAUAUACGAAAUUUCCUUAUUUUCCCAUUUUUUGGGAUUGUAAUUGAUCUAAUGGAGCUGAUGUUCACAGCUAUCCUUAGAAAAUUUUCCUCGGUCCUUCUGAGUGUUUAAUUUUUUUACUUAUGUAUUUCCACGUUUUAUGUAUGUUUGUACCUGAUAUGCACGCAUUAGAAGAAACGGAUGAGAAAUUAAAAAGAUUCAAUUUCAAUU